GUGGCAGCAAACCGCAUGCUGCGCCAAAAGUGUGCCCAUAGAAAGCGGUUAGAAGAGAGAGGUGGGGACCACAACGAAGUCCUCGUUUCGGUCCCCUCCCCCCCUGCCUUUGCUGCUUAUUUCCGGAUAUUCGUACAUCAAGAGCGGUGGAGAGUGACCGAAAGAGCGAGACAGCGAGAGAGAGAGAGAGAGAGAGAGAGAGCUGAGAGAGCGAGUAUGGGUAGCGGCGGAGAUCGGACGCCGGAGGGGUCAGAGGAGCAGCAGAAGCGAUCGGAGAUCUACACCUACGAGGCUCCAUGGCACAUCUACGCCAUGAACUGGAGCGUUCGCCGGGAUAAGAAAUACCGGCUCGCCAUCGCUAGUCUCCUCGAGCAGUACCCGAACCGUGUGGAGAUCGUGCAGCUCGAUGACUCCACCGGUGAGAUCCGAUCCGACCCGGCGCUGUCUUUCGAGCACCCUUACCCUCCGACGAAGACCAUCUUCAUCCCUGAUCGUGAAUGCGUGAGGCCUGAUCUCCUUGCGACCUCCGCUGACUUCCUCCGUGUCUGGCGCAUCCAUGACGACCGCGUGGAGCUUAAAUCCGUCCUUAACGGCAACAAAAACUCUGAGUUUUGUGGCCCUCUUACAUCCUUCGACUGGAACGAGGCCGAGCCCCGCCGCAUCGGUACCUCCUCCAUCGACACCACCUGUACCAUUUGGGAUGUCGAGCGCGAGGCUGUUGAUACUCAGCUCAUCGCCCAUGACAAGGAGGUCUACGACAUCGCCUGGGGUGGUGUUGGCGUUUUCGCCUCUGUCUCUGCUGAUGGCUCCGUCCGCGUUUUCGACCUCCGCGACAAGGAGCACUCCACCAUCAUCUAUGAGGCCUCCGACUCUGUCGACACUCCUCUCGUCCGCCUCGGCUGGAACAAGCAGGAUCCUAGGUACAUGGCCACCAUCAUCAUGGACAGCGCCAAGGUCGUCGUGCUCGACAUUCGCUUCCCGACCCUUCCUGUCGUCGAGCUGCAGCGCCACCAAGCCAGCGUCAAUGCCAUCGCCUGGGCGCCGCACAGCUCCUGUCACAUCUGCACUGCUGGCGAUGACUCGCAGGCGCUGAUCUGGGACCUCUCUUCAGUGGGCAACGGGGGCGGUGGAUCAGGCCAGCAGGCUACGGCGUCUGCCGAGGGGGGGUUGGACCCCAUCCUUGCGUACACUGCGGGGGCGGAGAUAGAGCAGCUGCAGUGGUCUUCGUCUCAGCCCGACUGGGUUGCCAUCGCCUUCUCCACCAAGCUCCAGAUCCUUAGGGUUUGAACUAGAGCAGCGUACAUCUCUAGGUUUUCUUCUUUUCGUCUCCUCCUUCCUCAUU